UGUUCACAGCCAUUGACCAAAGCGUCGGAAGGAUUGAAACGUUAUGAAAAUUACACGAAAUCAUAUUCAAAAGCGGAAAAAAUAGCCUGUCCUUCCGAAAGGUUAUUUAGAGAGAGAUAAGUAUAGCUAUUGAUUGGAGCUGACAAGUGUGCUCCGCUAACCUACUGUAACGCUACUCACUUUUACUCGCCCACGACAAAGACCAGGAAAUUGUCAAGAUCUAACACCGAAAACACAGCGGGGGAGAGGACCUGCGCUCUAACCUAACAAUGAGCGAGUCCAGUAUCUGCCAGGCCCGGGCCACUGUAAUGACCUACGACGAUGGCAGUAAGAAGUGGGUCCCAGCCGGCACAGGUCCCCAGGCCUUUAGCAGGGUGCAUAUCUACCACAACUCUGCCUCCAACACCUUUAGAGUGGUGGGACGAAAGUUGCAGACAGACCAGCAGGUGGUGAUAAACUGCCCAAUCAUGAAGGGACUUAAGUACCAUCAGGCCACUCCCAGCUUCCACCAAUGGCGGGAUGCACGGCAGGUGUGGGGACUCAACUUCAGCGGCAAGGACGAGGCAAUGCUGUUUGCCAACAGCAUGAUGCAUGCCCUGGAAGUGCUCAGCGGAGCAGCAGGCGCAUCCUCUCUCCCACGCCCUGUGCAGAAUGGACCCUCCCCUGAGGAGCUGGAACAGCAGAGGAGACAGGAGCAGCAGAGACAGGAGCAGCUGGAGAGAGAGCGCAUUGAGAGGGAAAGACAGGCAGCAGCAGCUGCUGCCCCUCCAGCUGCUCCACCUGCCCCACCUGCACCCCCAGGAGGCCCCCCACCCCCUCCAGGCCCACCUCCCGCCCCAGGGCCCCCACCGCCACCAGGACCCCCUCCUCCACCUGGAAGUGGACCUCCUCCUCCUCCACCCCUUCCCUCUGGUGGAGGUGGAGGAGGAGGUGAAGGUGGUGGAGACAGUGGUGGUGGAGGUGGGGGUUUGGCUGCAGCCCUUGCUGGGGCCAAACUACGCAAAGUGGCCAAGGAUGACAGUGGUGCUGCAGCCCCGGCAGAGAGCAACCGCAAUAGCGCACCACCACCAUCAGGGGGGGGAGGAGGAGGAGGAGGAGGAGGAGGAGGAGGAGGUGGAGGCCUUAUGGGAGAGAUGAGUGCCAUCCUUGCACGACGGAGGAAAGCUGCAGAUACAAAGCCCCCAGAAAAGACUGAAGAGCCAAGUAAUGAGCAGUCUGAGUCCUCACCAACAAAGCCAGCUGGUCAAAGUGAUACUGUUAAGAAACCUUGGGAAAAAAGUGCACCCAUUCCAAGGUCUAACUCCACUCCCAAGAGUCAGGAAUCCACUCCCACCUCUUCUGUCCCUCCAUCCUUGUCCAGGGUAAAGCAGGCAGGUGGUAAUAAAGACAACGGAAGCAUUGGAGACUCUGACAUGGAGAGAAUCAAACAGGAAAUCCUGGAGGAAGUACGCAAAGAGCUGCAGAAAGUCAAAGAGGAAAUUAUUGGAGCAUUGAUUCAGGAGCUGCAGAAGAGAGACACAUAGUCCUGCAGGAUCAAGAUAACUAGACCAUUGCAGAGGGAUGGUGGGAGGAAAGGAUAGAUGGAGAGUGGAGUUUCAUUAGAGCCUUCAUCUUCCUCCUGCAGUACCCAGGGAUUUGUCCUUCUCUCCUGUCCCUCAGUCUUUUCUCUCACUUUACAACAUACAUUCAAACACACUCCAGUGCACCUACACACACACACACACACACAAAUUCAUCCCAGGGAAUUUUUCUGAGAGCACACUUGCCAAGCUGUCCUUCCCUUAUACACCCACAGUUUCAGAUUGACUGCUGUAACCAAAACAAAACUCUUUCUCUCGCCAUCUGCCACAGCCUUAUUUCUUCAUUAUAUUACAGUGUUCAGAAAAUAUCACAGAUCUUAACAGUAACAAUGCACAAGUCACCAUGUGUGACUCUACAUUCCUAUCCCCCACCUAACUGAAAGAAUUUCAGCUGCAGAUGCACUAUUCUCAAAAGAAACUAGUUUUUAAUAUUUGUUUAUCUUUGAAGUAAGUUGCUGGGGUAGACUUCUCAGGAAAAAGAUGAGUUGUGAGUGCAGCGCUGGAUGCAAGGGCUAUCUGUGUGAUAGUGUUUGAAGCUUGUAGAGACAUUUCCAGAUGAAAUGUUUUUGGCCUCAAAUAAGCUGAGGUUACCUGGUUACCUCUAGGUACGUGGCUUCACUCAUCUUCACUCCUCUCAAUUUUUUUUUUUACCUCAGGGAUUAGCAGAAUCAGCAUACACCCAAUGUUGAAGCCACUAGGAGCAACAAUGAGGUGCCAUAGACCACCUUUAUUCAAAGGGAUUCCUUAAGUGUCUUGCUUGGGGAUAAUGGCUUGCAACAAUGGAAUUGUAAAAAAAAUGUUGAUGUUCAAGAAUAGAUGAGUCCUUUUAUGAGAAGUGGAGGGGUGGGGCCUGUAGUUUGGAAUGUGUCACUUGGCAUGAAUGCUAAGAACAGGUAAUUUCCUUAGGCUCAGUCCUGUGCAUGAGAUCUGUGUGUGUCUACCUGUACUGCUGUGGAUCAGCUGAGUGCAAUCCUGUCUGUUUUCCCCCUAGUGUGACUGAGACUCAUGGCUCACACAGUGAUUCUAAUCUGUGCUUCUAUUCAGUUCUUUCUUUGACUUGACUUUGACUUGUUUUUUCUAUAUAAAUGUACAUUAAAAUAUAGAAAAUAAAAAGAACUUGGUCAUGGCCUGAUAUGAAUAUGUAUAUGUUUUUUGAGAAAUUAAAACAAAUUAGAAAUACUGUUUUGAGUGAGACACCCUGAUAAUGUUUAAUAUUUUUGUUAUUGAUGU